GAGCCUAUGGGUUCUGUCUUUAUCUUGACGCUUCUGGGUAUACCGAGCCGUGGGAGCCCCCAGAAAGCCCCUCUGUGACAUCAACCCUGUCGUCGCGUUGAUUUUGAGGGUUCGAUUCUUCUUUUUUCCUGACAAGUGAGAGAACAGCUUUCCAUUGAGCAUUUCGAGCUCGACUUUAUCAGCAUUUCUCCUACCCAAGAACCAAACUCCUGUCCGUGCCGCCGACUUUCUUCUGUGGUACUCAGCCUAGCUCGCACCCACCGUCUUUUUGUACCUGCAUAUCCGAGAGACUCCGUUACAUCCACGACUAGUCCCCGUUCUGGUCUCGACGCGCCCAUAUUCCUGUGACCAGACUUGUUGGGGAAAAAAUACCUCACAAAAGUUGAUAAGAGUGUGAUUGCUGUCGACAGCGUUCACUCCCAUACUCCCCAAAAAGUUUAGAAGCUGGCACCGUGCAAAGAACAAGGAAAAGCAAAAUGACUGCCUCAAAAUCCCUCCGGUUUUUGCGGCACACGACUCGCUACGCUCCGGGCUUGACGAAACCUACCUCAAGCACAAUCAGACCUCAAUUCCGCUCAGUCAGUACGAGUUCGUCCAAACCCAUCUCCCACACUCCCCGCCGCAAGGAUUCCUCAGACCCCUACCACAAAGCCAGUACCGAAGCCACAGGCACAUCCGCCGGCCCCCACGAAGGCUCUGCCUCGCGAACAGACAAAGAGAUCGUGGUAGAGUACCCUGACGAUGAGAAGGACUUGCCUCCAGAGCGCCCGUUGCGCGGAAGAGGAGGUGUACAAUACGUGCGAACACUACCGACCUUCUCGCUCGAAGGUCGCACCGCAGUUGUGACAGGAGGUGCUAGAGGUCUGGGUUUGGUCAUGGGCCAGGCACUGGUCAGCUCCGGCGCCGACCUGGCUAUUGUUGACUUGAACAAAGAAGAAGGCGAUAAGCAAGCCAUCGAGCUCGUCGAAAUGUUCCGCCGUGAGAAUCCAGACAACCCGGAGGUACUGCCCAAGAUCACAGCACAUUACUGCGACGUCUCCGACCCAACCAGCGUCGACUCGUGUCUCUCAGAAAUCCUUAACAAGCACGGCAAGAUUGACCACCUGGUCACCUCGGCCGGCUUCACCGAGAACUUCUCCGCAGAGACAUACCCAUACGAGCGGAUAAAGAAGCUGUGGGGCGUCAAUGUCGAUGGCACAUACCUCUUCUCGACAGGUGUCGCCCGUCACCUGAUGGCUCGCAAUAUCACACACGGCAGCAUCGUCAUGAUUGGAAGUAUGUCCGGUGCUAUCGUCAAUGUGCCUCAACCCCAGGCACCGUACAACGCAGCCAAGGCGGCGGUCAGACACCUUGCUGCCAGUUUGGCGGUUGAGUGGGCACAUGCGCACAUCAGAGUCAACUGUAUCAGCCCUGGAUAUAUGUUGACUGCUUUGACGCGUAAGAUCUUGGACGACAACCCGGAACUCAAUCAGAAAUGGACUUCACUAAUUCCUGUCGGUAAAAUGGGUUCGCCCGAAGAUCUGCAAGGUGCUGUCGUUUAUUUGCUCAGUGAUGCCAGUCGCUAUGUCACAGGAGCCGACUUGAGAGUGGAUGGAGGGUACACUUGCACGUAAACAAUAUGCGCAGCAGUUCGAGGUGGUGGACUUGGUAUUUGAGUCAAGUCCAGACUGGCCAAAGGUAAUGUAUGUCUGUGUGACAGACUUUUUGUUUGACGAUAAAGGAGAUAGAUCCGUUUAUUGGGAGGGCUUGCGAAUAUAGACUGGAUUCAAUAAACCUACCUUAAUCAAUCCCGGGCAUUCCUCGAUCCUCACCACUGACUUAUCUGAACACAUGAUACAGACCACGUCUGCUGCUGCAAUUUCUGACUUCAGACGAGACUUGGUACACCGAAGCAUUCAAUGUUUG